GUAAUGUCAGGGAUUGUGUCCUUUUCUAUUGAGUAUGAUCAGGAUGGGUGUUUGGUCCGCUCGCCAAGACAUGGUGGACCUACAGAAGGCAGAAUAUGCACGGUAAAACUAGAUUAUCCAAAUGAGUUCUUGACUUCAGUAUCAGGCUACUUUAUGGACGAUCCCAGAUUUGUCGCCAUUCAGUCACUUACCUUCCACAGCAAUAGGAGAACAUAUGGUCCAUUUGGCUAUAAGAUGGGGAAAUUUUUCAGUUUACCACCGGCUGCUGGGAAGAUCGUCGGAUUCUUUGGGAUGUGUGGCAGUUGUCUUAAUUCCAUUGGAGCAUAUGUUUUACCAAUCUCUCGUGCAUAUCCCUUUGAAGUCGUAGGCCCAUUUGGAAAUAGUAAUUAUGAAGACCGAUGGGAUGACGGCAAGCAUACAGACGUUAGACAAAUUGAUGUUGUCUCUGGCUCUGCAAUUGAGUCGAUAACUAUUACUUAUGAGCAAGGUCGUUCAUUUGCACACGGUACAGGUGGGGGAGGCACAACGAACAAGAUAAUUCUGGACUGGUUAAGUGAGUAUCUAACUUCAGUUUCGGGCUAUAUAACAAGUGGUUUUGGCUUUACUAUCAUCCAUUCACUCACGUUUCAAAGCAAUAAAAGAAGAUAUGGGCCAUUCGGCACUAAAACCGGAAGGAAAUUUUCAUUCCCCGCCACUGGGGGAAAGAUCAUUGGGUUUUUUGGGAGUUCCGAUUCCCAUCUUCAAUCUCUUGGAGCAUAUUUCAAACCAAUCUCUCAUCUAUAUCCUAUCGAGUUUAUUGGACCAUUUGGAGGCCAAGGUGGACACUGUUGGGACGAUGGAAAAUUUAAUGGUGUAAAGAAAAUAAAGAUGAUGUUGGAAGAUGUUGUCAGCUGCAUCUCCUUUGAGUAUGACAAUAAUGGUGAAUCUAUUUGGUCCUCUACCCAUGGUCAUAGUGGUAGCGGAGAUAUCCAUAUGGUUAACUUGGACUACCCUCGUGAGUUCUUGACCUCAGUGUCAGGUUAUAUCAAACAUGAUAAUUCUGUUAUUCAAUCACUCACGUUCGAAAGCAAUAUAAAUAGGCAUGGACCCUUUGGUAAGGAAGAAGGAAGGUUCUUUAGCUGUGCACUGGCGUGCAGCAAGAUAAUUGGCUUUCACGGAAGGUCUGGCAUUCAACUUGAUGCGCUAGGAGUCUACUCUGAACCAAUUUCUGAUCUUCAUCUCUUGAAAUCCAUUGGGCCAUUUGGAGGACAAGGUGGCAAUCCAUGGCACAACAGAGAUAGCACAGGUGUGAGAAAAAUAAUUGUAAAAUGUGGAUCAGCUAUUGACUCCAUUACUGUUGAGUACGACGAGAACAGUUCUGUGGUUCAGGGCCCUAAACAUGGUGGAGAUGGAGGACAUCUAACAUUCGAGAUUAAGCUCGAUUAUCCUCGAGAGUAUUUGACCUCAUUUUCUGGUCACUUUGGAUCUUUUUUUGGGUAUACCAUUGUUCGCUCACUCACAUUUUUGAGCAAUGAAAGAACUUAUGGGCCAUUUGGUGAGGAGGUCGGGGAGCACUUUCAUUUUCCAUCAAUCGGUAAAAAGAUUGUCGGGUUUCAUGGAAGGUCUGGAGUAUUUCUUGAUUCACUCGGAGCAUAUUUUGAACCUUGA